CUCAGAUAUUCACCACUCACACACAACUUAUCUUGACAACUAACAUCCUAGUAUAAAAACAAUGGCUCCUAAGGCUGCUGAGAAGGCUCCGGCCAAGAAGACCCCCGCUAAGACCGCCGAGAGCGCUAAGAAGAAGAAGAAGCUUAACAAGGCGGAGACCUACAAGGUGUACAUCUACAAGGUUCUGAAGCAGGUCCACCCUGAUACUGGUAUCAGCUCCAAGGCCAUGUCCAUCAUGAACUCCUUCAUCAACGAUAUCUUCGACAAGAUGGCUAACGAGGCUGUGCGGCUGGCCCAGUACAACAAGAAGCCUACGCUGACGUCCCGCGAAAUUCAGACUGCUGUGCGCCUGGUCCUUCCCGGCGAGCUGGCCAAGCACGCAGUAUCUGAGGGCACCAAGGCCGUGACCAAGUUCACCUCGACUUAAGCGGCUUACAGCAGCGCUUACGCUUCA